GAAAGAGCUUGAUGUAAUGUGACACUGUAAGUCUGAUCUGCUGCUGCUCGCACACAUCUACACAAGAGAACACGAGAUACUUUACACAUCAGAUCGGAUAUUAUCAGUCAUCCUCCAUCCGGAUCACAUCGGUGAAAUGAGCGACUGAUGGAUUGAUAGCUGCUGAUGUCCGGUGUGGUCCUGUGGACGCAGAACAUGCGCAGACACUGAGGGUUGAUGGCCGGCUCGUCGACUCACUGAAGGUCCUGCAGGAUGAAUCCUCUCCCGUCCAUGGACAGACACGUCCAGCAAACCAAUGACCGGCUUCACUGCAUCAAACAGCAUCUGCAAAAUCCAGCAAGCUUCCAGACGGCGGUGUCUGAGCUGUUGGACUGGUGCGGAGACCCACGGGCCUUUCAGAGAACCUUUGAGCAAACCCUGAUGGGAUGCUUAACGGUGGUGAGUCAUGUGGCGGCGCAGCAGGGUUACGACAUGGAUCUGGGAUAUCGACUGCUGGCCGUUUGUGCAGCAAAUAGAGACAAAUUCACACCCAAAUCAGCAGCGCUGUUGUCCUCAUGGUGUGAGGAUUUGGGUCGACUUUUGUUGCUGCGUCAUCAGAAAACACGACAACCUGAUCCAUCAAUGAAGAACCCAUCACAAACCAACAUGAACAACAUGAAACCACUGUCACACGGUGAUUCAUCAUAUCAAUAUGACUCUGUCUCCUGGCAACCAAACCCCAGUCAGCCGUCUGGUUCUGUUUCUGUGGUGACAACAGUGUGGGGACUGACCAACACCACACAGACUCAAGUGUUGGGGAACUCCAUGUGCGGUCCAAACAGUCAUAUGAACCCUGGUGGGGAUGGGCUCAUGAGUUCAGGGCAGCAGUUUUCCUCUAAGGGUCCCAGUCAGGUGUACAUGCAGCAGGAGAUGUACGGGCGACCCGACUACCCCUCUGGAGGAGGAUUCGUGUCCGGUUAUGGUGGCGGUCCCAAUCCUUCGGGUGGGAUGGGCAUGCAUCCACAGACACGCCAACCUUCCGACUUCAGCCAACCAGCUGCUGCGGCCGCGGCUGCUGCUGUCGCUGCUGCGGCCGCCACGGCAACCGCCACUGCCACGGCAACCGUCGCCGCCCUACAGGAGUCGCAGCACAAGGACAUGAAUCAGUACAGCCAGAUGUCUUCCUCCUAUCAGAUGGGUCCAAACCAGCAGUACAGCACUCAGUUCAUGAAUCAGCCCGGCCCCCGCGGGACCCCCGGCACCAUGGAUCGAGGAGGAAUGAACGUGGGACAGCUUCGGGGGCAGAUGAUGUCGCACGGGGGUCAGAUGCCCCAGCAGGGCUACGCACCUGCUCCACGACCCACACAGGGGUCAAAGAGGGCGUAUCCUGGAGAGAGUAACUACGGAGGGCAGCAGUACGGAGCAAGCGGUCAGUUUUCACCUCAGCAGGGUCAGUACAUGAGCCCGCCCGCAGGCAGACCCCUGACCUCACCUCCGUACCCCCAGCAGAGAAUGCCAGGACAGCCCGGGACCCCGGGACAGUACCCAACCACCGGCACGGGACAGUUCUACAAGGACUCCAGUAAUAAUUAUAACGCAGGGAACUUUUCUUACAGCCAACCCAUCAUGAGCGGGCCUCAGCGGCCAAUGAGCAACAGUUACCCGCACUCACCGUUGCCCGGCAACCCCUCAUCCACCGUGAAUCCAGGAAAUAAUAUAUCUCCAUAUCCGUCACCAAACCAGGACAUGAAGCCUCACAUUCCUCCUGAUAUCAAACCCAACAUCAACACUCUUCUACCUCCUCCAGGUGACUGUAGCGAUGAGCGCCGGCUGAUGUUUCCGGUCAGAGAUGGUGUGGUUCUGGAACCCUUUAGACUUGAACACAAUCUGGCCGUCAGCAAUCACAUCUUCCACCUGCGGCCCAACGCACACCAGACACUGAUGUGGAGAUCUGAUCUGGAGCUGCAGUUUAAGUGUUAUCAUCAUGAGGACAGACAGAUGUUCACUAACUGGCCAGCGUCGGUGCAGGUCAGCGUCAACGCUACACCUCUCACCAUCGAACGCAGUGAAAAAACUUCCCACAAACCCCUGCACCUGAAACACGUGUGUCAGCCGGGCCGCAACACAAUCCAGAUAACAGUGACCGCCUGCUGCUGUUCGCAUCUGUUCGUCCUGCAGUUGAUCCACAGGCCGUCGGUGAAGUCCGUCCUGCAGGGCCUGCUGAAGAAGAGACUCCUCACAGCCGAACACUGCAUCGCUAAAGUGAAGAGGAACUUCAGUAGUGUGGGCGUGUCAGUGGGCGGGGCCGGCGAGGACGGGGUGGAGCAAACAGCCAUCAAAGUGUCUUUGAAAUGUCCAAUCACAUUCCAGCGUAUUCUCCUGCCGGCGAGAGGUCAUGACUGCAAACACGUUCAGUGUUUUGACCUGGAAUCUUAUUUGGAGCUGAACUCUGAGAGAGGAACCUGGAGAUGUCCCGUGUGCAAUAAAGCAGCUGUGUUGGAGGGACUGGAGGUGGAUCAGUACGUGUGGGGAAUCCUGAAUACUCUUCAGAACUUGGAUUUUGAGGAGGUGAUGAUCGACCCGUCCUGCAGCUGGAAACCGGUGCAGGUGAAAUGUGAACCGCACAUAAAAGAAGAUCCGGACGGGCUGAACAAACGCUUUAAAAGCACCAGUCCCAGUCAGAUGAUUCUGCCCAACGUCAUGGACAUGAUCGCUCAGCUGGCACCAGGAGCCUCGUCAUACCACAACAACUCACAACAACUCAACAACAACAGCCCAGGUAACGGUUACCAGGGUCACAGGACUUUCGGUGGCUAUCCCCAUGGCAACCCUGCUUCAUCAUCAGAGUUCAUGCAGGCAUCGCACAACCAUGAGCACACUAUACAGGAGCCGACACCUCAUGCGGUGCGCACAGUUCAAUCCCACAAUCCCCUGCAGCACAGUAUGCACGGACCUGCCAGCAGUCAACAGUUUCAUCACAGUGCCCCGCGCCACCCCUGCAGACCGCCGCCCAACCAGCAGAACUCCGCCCCCAACAGCCACACGCGCCCGGAAAUGACCUUUAACCCCAACCCGCAGGGUCAGGGCGGCUCGGACAUUCCAGAGGCCUCUUUAAAUCUGCUUCCAGAUCUGAUGAAUCCAGGUGAUCUUCUGUCCUAUCUGGAUCCUCCAGACGUGCGCAGCGGCAGUAAUGAUGACCUGCUGUCUCUCUUUGAGAGCAACUGAGAGAAACUCGGCCCACGGCUCUUCCAUACGUGACGAAUACUGAUGUACUCGCAGCAUUUUACUCUUCUGUGCUGACUGUAGAUGUGCAAAGCAGCGUGGAGAGAGCUCUCUCUUACAUCACAAGUGUGCAAACCCUUGGCUUUUUUCUACUCGCUUUGCUACGGAACGCAGACGAACAUCCAUCUGUUUAUGUCUUGUCACUCAUUUUUUUGUUUCUGUUCUCCAUGGAAUUAGAGGAAGAUUGAUUUCAGACUUUAAAAGAUAUUUUAUCGAGUGCAUAAAACCAAAGGGUUUGUGUUAUAAUAACGGUUUCAUGUGUAAACGGCAAAAAUUCAUUCAUAGCACUUAAGCGACAAAGCUCAAAAUGAAAGGGCUCAGUUUACUUCCCAUCUUGACGCCGUUAACUGGCGAGUUCACUAAAUGAGCAGCCUACUGUUCAGAAUGCAGUCGUGUUAUAUUUGAGAAGCUCGUGUAAAUAUUUGUGAAUAAUUUUGUAAGGUGUAUUGCUAUGAUUGAUCAUGUACGUGUCUGCUACAGCUGUGUGAGAUGUGAGCAGGCAAAGCGAGUCAUGCAGAUAUUCUAUGCAAACUUUAAAUACUGCGCGUAGUAUACAUACUGCAAAAGUAACAUGAGUUGUGUGAUAGUGUGAACACAUGCACUUGUCUGUUAACACAAUCACAUCAACGUGGAAAUGUGUCGACGUGAUAUUCUAUUGUUAUAAUCAUGUUUAUAUGAGAAUUAUUGUCUAUAAGUAAAUAUAGCAGCCUUAUGUGAAUAAAACAUGUUUAUUUGUAGAAAAGCAUUUUUGGUUUUAAACGUUAUUUUUUGGUCCUGUUUUGUUUUGGUUAAUCACUUUUGAUCAGUUUUCUUUUGCUUUGUGACUUUAAUUGAUUUUACACAUGCAAUUAAUGUUGUUAAUGAAUAUGUGUGACCGAAGUCUUCCUUUUUAAUAAAGAGAAGUGUCAUUUUUAUAUCCUACUAUAAACCAUUUUAUCAUUGAAAUGCAUCUAAAAAUCUUACAGAUUUUUACAGUCAGUACAUCUUAAAUGAACUUAAAUCUUUAAAAACAGUGAUGAGGGAGGAUUUUUGUGAACAAUUGCUGUUGAUCUGAUGUUUGUUCAGAUAAAUGUUAUGAAUCUCUAGAUAAUGGCUAUGGUUUUCACAAUGUGAACAGAAAAUAAAUGAUAUUUCUCAAAUAAAGCUGACACUUCACAUGCGUCU